AUGGUCAAGUCGUAUUUGAAAUUCGAGCAUUCCCACACCUUUGGUCUCGUCGCGUCCGCCUCUUCCAAUGCGGUCUGGACCAGAGACGAAGAUGUCUUUGGGACGGCGAGGCCAACAGGCGCAGGACGGGCAAUAGUCGGAGCAAGCGAAGAGGUCCUGUGCUGGGAUGUGAAGAAGGGUGAACUGCUCAGCAGAUGGCGCGAUCCAGGCUGUAACGCUGAAGUUACUGCUAUCACGCAAAGCAAGACCGAUCAAGAUAUAUUCGCAGUUGGUUACGAGGACGGAAGCAUCAGACUAUGGGACUCAAGGAUUUCGACAAUCAUAAUCUCUUUCAAUGGUCACAAAUCAGCUAUCACCCACCUCGCCUUCGACAAGGCUGGAGUGCGACUCGCCAGUGGUUCGAGGGACACGGAUAUUAUAGUAUGGGAUCUUAUAGCUGAAGUCGGUCUGUACAAGCUUCGUGGACACACCGAUCAGGUCACUUCUCUACAUUUCCUGAACCCGUUGGGGGAAUACAGCGAAGAGCUCACCGGCGCGACGCAAAGUGACCAUGGAGGAUUCCUAUUGACAACUGGUAAAGACUCUCUGAUAAAAGUCUGGGAUCUGGCUUCACAGCACUGCAUCGAGACGCACGUUGCGCAGAGUAAUGGGGAAUGCUGGGCUCUUGGCCUGUCGCCCGACCAGAGCGGCUGCAUUACAGCAGGAAACGAUGGAGAACUUAAGGUGUGGUCAAUUGAUGAGAAUGCGAUGAUCGAAAUCUCGAAAGAAAAGGCCGGCUUCGAGAAUCGUCGGAUUUUGACCGAGAGGGGUACGUUCUAUCGCAACGGCAAGGAUCGCACUAUCAGCAUUCGCUUUCAUCCGCGGUCGGAUUAUAUCGGUGUUCAUGGCUCUGAAAAGGCAGUUGAAAUCUGGCGGAUACGCUCAGAAACUGAGGUGCAGAAGAGCCUGGCAAGGAAGCGCAAGCGAAGAAAGGAGAAGGAAGCUGAGCGUGCAGCCGGUGAAGACAAAGCGGUUGUGCCAGCCGAAGAUAAGCCUGAGGAUAUAUCUACUGCUCCUGUGACCGAGGUUUUCGUGCCUCAUGUCAUCGUCCGGACAGGUGGAAAGAUGCGAUCUUUCGACUGGAUCACUACGAAGUCAAGUGGUAAUCUGCAGCUCCUCGCGGCCACGACCAACAAUCAACUGGAAACUUACAACGUGGCGACAGCCAGCAAGAAGAAGAAGGAUGCAGAGGAGAACGAUUAUACGCGGACACUCGCGGUGGAUAUCCCGGGUCACAGAACAGAUAUUCGGUCAGUAGCCUUGAGUUCUGACGACCGAAUGUUGGCCUCCGCCUCAAACGGCACUCUAAAGAUCUGGAAUGUGAGGACACAGAAUUGCCUGCGUACCUUAGAGUGCGGUUACUCUCUCUGUUCUACGUUCCUUCCUGGAGACAAAAUCGUCGUUGUGGGCAACAAGAAUGGUGAUUUGGAGGUUUUCGACAUUGCGUCUUCUACUCUGCUGGACACUGUUAAAGCUCAUGAUGGUCCUGUUUGGACUCUGCAAGUCCACCCGGAUGGCAAGUCCAUGGUGACGGGUAGUGCAGACAAAACAGCAAAGUUCUGGAAAUUUGAAGUCGUUCAGGAAGAGGUCCUUGGGACCAAGCGGACUACACCCCGACUCAAGCUGGUUCACACCAGGACAUUGAAGGUCAAUGAUGAUAUCCUCAGUCUCCGCUUCUCGCCUGACGCUCGUCUUCUGGCUGUAUCUCUUCUGGACAACACAGUCAAGGUGUUUUUUGUUGAUACUCUCAAACUCUUCCUCAACCUAUACGGCCACAAGCUCCCCGUCUUGAAUAUGGAUAUAUCUUACGACAGCAAGUUGAUCGUCACUUGUUCCGCUGAUAAGAAUGUGCGCCUCUGGGGUCUUGAUUUCGGUGACUGCCACAAGGCAUUCUUCGCACACCAGGACAGUAUUAUGGCUGUCGCUUUCGUUCCCAAUAACAACGAAGGCAACGGACAUAACUUCUUCAGUGCAAGCAAAGACCGCGUAAUCAAGUACUGGGAUGGCGAUAAGUUUGAACAGAUCCAGAAACUGGAGGGUCACCACGGUGAGAUCUGGGCUUUAGCGGUGAGCCACUCGGGGGAAUUCCUCGUCAGCGCCAGUCAUGACAAGAGCAUCCGUACCUGGCAGCAAACUGAUGAGCAGAUCUUCCUCGAGGAAGAACGAGAGAAAGAACUUGAGGAGUUGUAUGAAAGCACCCUCACAGCAUCUCUCGAGCAGGAAGAAGAUGAAGAUGGUGAAAAGGCAGAGGCAGUCGACGCGGGCAAGCAAACAGUCGUCACCUUAAUGGCUGGAGAAAGGAUCGUCGAGGCUCUUGACCUGGGUAUGGAGGAUCUCGAAGUUGUCCGGCAAUGGAAGCAAGUCAAAGCUGCUCAACCCAAUGCAGCUCCCCCUGCUCGAAACCCGCUAUACAUGGCACUGGGCAACAUCUCUGCCGAACGACAUCUACUCAAUGUGGUGGAAAAGAUCCCGGCAGCUGCUCUGCAGGACGCUCUCCUGGUUCUGCCAUUUUCUAAACUGCCUGCACUUUUCACCUUCUUAAACAUCUGGGCGGAGCGUGAGUGGAAUAUUCCGCUCACUUGCCGUGUGCUCUUCUUCAUGCUGAAGACUCAUCACCGGCAGAUCAUCGCAAGCCGCAUGAUGCGUCCUAUGCUUGACGGUAUCCGAGCAUCACUGCGUCGUGUGUUGGCCAGGCAGAAGGAUGAGAUGGGCUUCAACCUUGCUGCUUUGCAGUUCAUCAGCACACAGGUCCGGGAGCGGACCCGGAAAGACUAUGUCGAUGUGGACACCUGGGAGGAUGAACAGCCUGCAAAGGGCACGGGCAAGAAACGAGCAUUCGUUAGUGUUGCUUGA